AUUCAAAUGAAAAAAAUGAAUGAAGUAAAACUCACAAGGGCCCACACAUCAACCAAAUUCAAAGAUGUUUGCCUUGAACAAAAAAAAAAAAAAAAAAAAAGAAAAAAGAAAAAAACCCAAACAAUUCACGAACUCAAAACAUACGAUGAUGGUGUGUUCCUUGUCACCAUCAUCUUCUCCAGCACGCACUCCAAAAUCUUCACUUCACAGUAAUCCAAGAACCCUAAUCAGCAAAAUCAAGAACCAGAAAGUACUUAUCGCCGCCUCUUCAAAUUUUCAUCGAACAAGAUUUCCCUUCAGUCGUGGCAUCUUUGUUGAUUCUCCUUCGAGGGCACUGGUCAAAUGCUUGUCAAAGGAACCAUCUUCCAAUGUACAAGAAAAUCAGCAGCCGGUACAACAAGCUGAUGCAGAGGAACAAGUUCGUGGAUUUGAGAGUCUGUUUUCAAACGUUAAUCAAGCCACACUCAAAAGGGAACCUGGAAGCUUAAGCAGUUCGAUUUUCCUUGUUGCUGGUACAACUGUAUGUGUCAAUGGCCAGGAGAACCUCUCGGAAACACCUGGAGUACAAAUUGCUUGCUGGUCGUACAUUUUCAUCCACUACGCCCUCCUCGUUGCUUACGUGGCUCGUUCUUCAGAUAUUUUGACAAACUUCCUCGGCAUCCCCACAUGGGAAACCGCAACUUUGUUUUCACUUCUCUUUGGAGGUCUUUGCUACUUUGGAAGCCAACGUAUUAUUGGAGCGGUAAACGGUGGUCUAGUACUCGGCAUCAUUGUCACAUUCACAGCUCUUGUGGUAGUUGCAAGUGGAGAUUUACACUGGGAUGCUCUUUUGAGAACCAACUUAGAAGCUGCGCCUCGAAGUAUACCUAUUAUCGCACUUUCUUUUGUCUAUCAUAACGUAGUGCCGGUUCUUUGUACGAAUCUUGAAGGCAACUUAUCUAAAGUAAGGACCGCAAUUGUUCUUGGCACAGUUAUUCCACUCGUUUUAUUUUUAAUAUGGAAUGCCGUAAUUCUCGGGACUAUUACAACUCCUGAAAUUGGCUCGACUGCGAUUAUCGAUCCACUACAGCAAUUGCGUUCAUCGAACGGAGUUAUUGGGCCAAUAGUGGAUGUGUUCUCAGUUCUUGCAAUUGCUACGUCUUAUAUCGGAUUUGUUCUAGGUCUCUCCGAUUUCCUUACCGACUUGCUGAAACUUCCGAGCGGUCGGAACAUGCCUCUGCCGUAUGUACUAACCCUACUUCCACCAUUGGUGUUAUCUUUGCUCGAUCCAGAAAUAUUCUUUAAAGCAUUGGAUUUUGCCGGAACAUACGGAGUGUUGGUGCUUUUUGGAGUUCUUCCUGCAGCAAUGUCGUGGUCAGAUCGGUACUCGAAACCGUCCGAAAUUACGAAAGUGCCCCUGCUGGUUCCCGGAGGAAAACUCACUCUCUCACUUGUAAUCGGAGGUGCGGGGAUUGUUAUUCUUACCGAACUAAUCGAGAAUUUCGGACAUGCGUAGGCGUAGAGAUUCGAACAAUGUAUAACCCCUCGUCAAGGUUAGAUGCCGAUUUCGGAGAAAAUAUAUCAAAUUAUGUAUAGACAUUUUUAAUUAUGUUUUUUUUUUCAAUGAUAAUAUGUUUAUCUAUCUGUGAAAACUGGCCUGAAAAUAAUUGACUUUGUAAGUGUAACUGUGUGUGUAAGCACGUGUGGAAAUUGGAUCCAAAUUCGGCCGAUUUCGGGCCGAAUUUUUUCGAUUUUGUAAGAAAAAAAUUCAUUCCAAA